GCUCUCUCAUCCACGAAACUUCCAUGACUUUCCUAAUUCCCCAAAAUCACCAAAACCAAACGCCAAAAUCUCUCUCUAUAAAUACCCUCUUCUUCGUCUUCCCAUCCAACUCUCCCUUUCAAUUCUCCUCCAUCGUCGAAAUCCAUUGCCGACGCCUCUCCGGAGGAAGAAUCUGAAGGAUUCAAGUCCCAAGUUCUGCCGGAACGAAGAUUCCUCUCGCUUCGGUUCCCCCAAUUCCGAUCGGUGAGGUUUUCUAGGGUUAGAACAGGAGGAGGAGGAGGAGGAGGUUUUGAACAAUGUCCGAUGCGUUCUGCUCUGACUGUAAGCGUCAGACGGAGGUUGUUUUCGACCAUUCCGCCGGAGACACGGUGUGUUCCGAGUGCGGCCUUGUGCUUGAGUCGCACUCCAUCGAUGAGACCUCCGAGUGGAGGACUUUUGCCAACGAGUCUGGGGAUAACGACCCGGUUCGUGUUGGUGGACCGACGAAUCCGCUUUUGGCUGAUGGUGGCCUCUCGACCGUGAUUGCCAAGCCUAAUGGUACGUCUGGGGAGUUCUUGUCGUCGUCUUUGGGUCGGUGGCAGAAUCGUGGGUCUAAUCCAGAUCGAGGGCUGAUUCUUGCUUUCAAGACCAUUGCUACUAUGUCUGAUAGGUUGGGCCUUGUUGCAACCAUAAAGGAUCGGGCCAAUGAAAUAUAUAAAAGAGUAGAAGAUCAAAAAUCUAGUAGAGGAAGAAAUCAAGAUGCUUUAUUGGCUGCUUGCUUAUACAUUGCUUGUCGACAAGAAGAUAAACCCCGCACGGUCAAGGAAAUUUGCUCCGUUGCCAAUGGGGCAACAAAGAAGGAGAUUGGCCGAGCAAAAGAAUACAUUGUGAAACAGUUGGGGUUGGAGACAGGUCAGUCUGUGGAGAUGGGAACGAUACACGCCGGAGACUUCAUGAGGCGUUUUUGUUCUAAUCUUGGGAUGAAUAAUCAAGCUGUUAAAGCUGCCCAAGAAGCUGUACAGAAAUCUGAAGAGUUUGAUAUUAGGAGGAGCCCUAUUUCCAUUGCAGCCGCAGUUAUUUACAUUAUCACUCAGCUUUCAGAUGAUAAGAAGCCUCUGAAAGAUAUAUCAGUAGCUACGGGUGUUGCAGAAGGGACGAUCAGAAAUUCAUAUAAAGAUCUGUAUCCGCACGUGUCGAAGAUAAUACCGGGUUGGUAUGCGAAAGAGGAGGAUCUUAAGAACCUGUGCAGUCCCUGAAAUGUUGAGGAAAGUGAUUAAGGAAUGAUGACAGAAAUCGAGUCGAAAUUGGAAUGAUUACUUUUUGUUAGCCUUGUAUUUAAACCCUCAGAGAUUGCAAGACAAGGAGUGGUAGCCAGAAAAUCUAUCCCCCUCUUUUCUUCCUCCUCCUCCUGCUCUGCUUCUCUCUCUUUUUUCUAAAUAGAUUCAUUGCCAUUAUCAAAAUUCCAAAUGAACCUCCAUAAUUUUCACCUCAAUUCACAAUCAAAGUUCUCCCAAAUUUAGCA